CUCUACUCGAGUCCGUAUACCUCUCCGCCGCCCCGAUUCUCCUCCACAGCAUAAUCGACGCGUGGUUGGAGUGUCUGACGCGCCCGUCUGGCAUUCCUCACCACCGCCGCUCCUCGCAAUGCGCCAUGGCUGAAGACGGCACCAUGAGUGCGCUGUCCGAAGUCUCCCCUCAGCCUGCCCCAAAUCCCGACGCUCAAGCUACCGUCAACGACUUUCUCGACUAUACCGAGUUCUUUCCCUCCGAUCUUGUGCGUUCGCUGCGACUGAUUGGAAACCUCGACGCGACCUAUGAGGAUGCAACUUUGACCAUCCACGAACUCACAAAACAAUAUGGCAAGCUUCCCGAGCUACCCGCCAGCGAACGACCAGAUCCUACCCUACUGCGCAAACAGAUAGCAGCUGCUCUCGAAAAGGCGAUCUAUUGCAGAGAGUCUACAUAUACCGAGGCAUCGAGGCUAUACGAGGUCGCAGAACGGCACUGUCGCCGGCUGUCAAUUAUAAAGACGAAGCUUCAGGCUCUACCUCAACCACCCUCACGCGAUCCCACACCCGCUCCCGUCUCCCCACAAGCUUCACGAUCAUUCAAUCGCAACUACGAGCGCUUCGAUCGCCAACAUGUUCCCGGUUCCGCAAAUCGGCAACGAGAUCGCAACAGGAAGUUCUCAGCGUCUCAUACACAUGGACAUCCACGAGAACAUACCGCGAAUUCGUCGGAUGAAUCGGGCGCUGAAUCGGACGCCGGGUCCUUGAUUGAAGUCUCCAAUUCAAGAGUCAAAACUCCCAAGGAGAAGGUCCCCAAGCCUGCCCGUGUGCGCCCCGCAGGUUCAGGUACCAACGUCCACAGUGGUGUUGCCGGGAUUUCAACCAGCAAUGCGCUUGCGAGACUUUCGCCUCCUCCUCCAAAUGCUCGCCCUGGGAGCAAAUUCGCACCGUGGUUGAAGCUCACGGAGUACGAAAUGGCUGUGCUUAGGAAACAGAUGAAGAAGAAUGCAGUUUGGACACCAAGUGAAACGAUGGUCAAACGGGAGCUGGAGAAAAAAAAGCGUGGUGUAGAAUACUACGAGAAGGAGAAGGCCCGCUGUGCUGCUACAGGUGAAGAGCUCCUCGAUGAAGAACCGGACAAACUCUCCGUGUCAAAACUUGUAAUUCCGGCUCGCACCGAGCCAAAGGUCGAGCAAGCCGUCCUGGAAAUUCCACAGGAGCCCGUCAUCGCUCCUGUAGAAGCUCUUGUGGACGAUCCCGUGGAUGCUCCCGUGGAUGCUCCUGUGGACGAUUCUGUGGUUGAUUCUGUGGAUGCACCCGUGGAUGCACCCGUGGACGCUCCCGUGGAUGAUUCCUUGGACACUACUGUCGAAGAUCCUGUGGACCCUGCCGUGGACCCUCCCGCCGUGGACCAUUCACUGGCUACUGCACCAGCCGCACCUCUAGAUGAGACCCCAGUUCAAGAAGAGGUUGUAGUUGAAGACCCCGUAGAGGAUGUGAGCAUGGCCGAUGGUGAACCGGUGAAGAAGGACAAGCGUGAGGAACAGCGCGAACAAGCCAUGCGUGAUGCGCAAGAAUUAGAAAACGCAGGGCGCAAAAUCAGGGAAGCCGCAGAAAGCCUCAAGGAUCUGAACUUUACACCAGAAAAUGUGAAUGUCACUCCAGCAUCGGCGAGACGAAGAUCUGCCACGAAACCGUCAAACAAGCGGAAGCGAGAACCCUCACCUGCGUUUGUUGCAGAGACUCCGACGAUGCCAUCUCGAGAGGCAUCGCUCGCCUCACAAGACAGCGGAGGAAGACAGCCAGAUGCGAAGCGUCAACGAAUGCUUCUUCCUGCGCCGAUUAAGACGCCUGUCCCUCCCCCGCCAUCCUCUGCAGCUCUGCCAGCAACUCCCGCAGUACGUUCGCCUCCCUCAAAUGUUCCCGGGCCUCUACUGAAUGACAUCAAGACAACUACUGUACAGAUCCCUCUCGCCCCCGCCGGUCCUGGAACACCUGCUGUUCCUGAGAUUUUGGCUCCCGAUUCACCCAGUGCUCAGACUUUGCCCACCACACUGGAAAACGUGGACGAGCAACCGUCGCCAUCUGGUGUGGAUGAUUCCUUAUCAUCUGCCCUCGAAUCUGUACCGGAGGCGUUGCCCGCUCUUGAACCUGGGACUGAACACGACUCAAAACCUGUCACUGUUCCGAUAGUGAAUUCAACCCCGGUCCCUAUGCUAGCUACUGCAGCAUCCAGCCGUCCCCGGAGGGAGUCCGUCAAGGAACCCACAAAGGCAACGAGCCCACCAGUCUCCGCCCCGAUACCUCCCAUCAAAACGCAAAUCGCCCCAAAUACCACCCAGGAGCCUGCUCUAUCUUCGCCGAUACUAACGCCCCGCCCUCAUGCUCUCGGUGCCCCUACACCGAAGGCACAAAGUGAGGAGCCUAAACAGAACGAGUUAGGGAAACCGUCGCGAGAGCUUCGACGACACAGCAUUUUCAGUCAAUCGGCGCUGGCUGCACCAACUCGUAUGAGUACGCGAAAGAAGCCGCCACCCAAAGGGGACAUAACCUCGGCUGAAGAUGGCCAAAAGACUGUCACUAAUGUCAAGCGCGCCCAAGGAAGCAAGAAUAAAAAGAAAAGAAAAGGAGGCGAAGAGAGUAAUGAACCUCUGGAGGAGAUCGACCCGAAUGAGCCCCGAUACUGUAUAUGCGAUGAUGUCAGUUACGGUCAGAUGAUUUCGUGUGAUAAUCAUUGUGACAGGGAGUGGUUCCAUUUGGAGUGUGUCAAAAUGACUGAAGCAGACAUUCCCUCUCGACGCUCUAAGUGGUACUGCCCUGAGUGUCGCGUGCAACUGGGCGUUGACGCUUACGGAAAAGAACUCAUUCCACCAACUCUCCCUGGGCGGCGCGGCAACCGCUAGAAUUUCUCGUUACUAUCAUUGGGAGCAUGCUGAUUCAAUGGAAAGGAU